CCCCCUUGCAGACCCACCCACCCGCCCGCUGCUUGAAGAAGCACCGAACACGGAUCUCAAGCCCCCUCCUAUACUCCUACCCCAAUGACAUAGUCUUUGAUUUUGAGUCCGAGCCUGUGUUCCGAGGGUCGACUGCAGGGCUGUCGGCCACGCCCCCGGCCUCGCUGCCUGGCUCAUUGACCAAUGUGAAGGCUCCUCAGAAGUCUCCGUGUCCACAGAGAGAGAGGAAGUCAUCGUCCUCGUCUGACGACCGCAAUAAGAUGAAAACCCUGGGCAGACGGGACUCGAGUGACGACUGGGAGAUCCCAGAAGGUCAGAUCACCCUGGGUCAGAGGAUAGGCUCUGGAUCCUUUGGGACCGUCUACAAGGGCAAGUGGCACGGCGACGUGGCGGUGAAGAUGCUGAACGUCACAGCUCCCACCCCACAGCAGCUACAGGCCUUUAAGAACGAAGUGGGAGUCCUCCGGAAGACGCGUCACGUCAACAUCCUGCUGUUCAUGGGUUACACCACCAAGCCUCAGCUGGCCAUCGUGACCCAGUGGUGUGAGGGCUCCUCCCUCUACCACCAUCUACACAUCAUAGAGACCAAGUUUGAGAUGAUCAAGCUCAUAGACAUCGCCCGGCAGACCGCGCAGGGCAUGGAUUACCUGCACGCCAAAUCCAUCAUCCACAGAGACCUGAAGAGCAACAACAUCUUCCUACACGAGGACCUCACCGUGAAGAUAGGAGACUUCGGCCUGGCCACAGUGAAGUCACGCUGGAGCGGCUCCCACCAGUUUGAACAGCUCUCUGGCUCCAUCCUGUGGAUGGCCCCAGAGGUCAUCCGUCUGCAGGAUAAGAACCCUUACAGCUUCCAGUCUGACGUCUACGCCUUCGGGAUAGUUCUCUAUGAGUUGAUGUCUGGGGCCUUGCCCUACUCCAACAUCAAUAACAGAGACCAGAUAAUCUUCAUGGUGGGUCGGGGAUACCUGUCUCCUGACCUCAGUAAGGUGCGCUCCAACUGUCCUAAAGCCAUGAGGAGGCUGAUGGCUGACUGUAUGAAGAAGAAGAGAGAGGAACGACCCCUAUUCCCUCAGAUCCUGGCGUCCAUUGAGCUGCUGGCGCGUUCUUUACCCAAGAUCCACCGCUCCGCGUCGGAACCCUCACUGAACCGAGCUGGGUUCCAGACGGAGGACUUCAGCCUGUACGCCUGCUCCUCCCCCAAAACCCCGAUACAGGGGGGAUACGGGGAGUUUUCAGCGUUUAAAUAAGAUGCUGAUCCAGAUUCCACCAGUUCAGCCAGUCCGUCCCUCGUCACUCUUCAACAAGUCUUGUGUUCCUGCGGUGGAUUACUUCAUCCAUUUAACCAAAAACCGACAUCCUAGUCUCAAAAGAACGUGCUGUUUUCUACUUUCCACACCUGAAGAGACAGACAGACAGCCUCUUCCUCUCUCCGCUCCACGUCUCAGGAGCUCUACAGAUGAGAUCUCCGCUGGGGAGUCACCACAUCGGGGGGGAAAACUACCAAAAUCUGAUUUUAGAACCAAGGAAAAGAAAAGUUGAAUGACACACAACCGGAUACACAAACUGAAGACACACUGAAGAAACCAAACCAGAGGAAGAAGAGAAAACUGUAAAAGGAGAGAACAGCACUUCUUGAUUGUAGGACUGAUGAAGGAGGAAUAUAACUGUUGAGAGCACCAGGACAGGAUUGGGGUUAGGGGUCCAGAGAGGUUAGAGGUCGAUGGGUUUGGGCAGCACACGCCUUCUCACUCCCCUCCAUGACGAAGAGGGCGGAGCUACAGGCACAGGAAACCACACUUCUUUCCUGGCUGCUCAUUGGUUACCCGAGAUGAAGGGGCCAGGUCUGAGCCAAUCGCCGAUAAGCUGGAUUUCCCAGGGGGGGUGGAGUUGACCCUGUGGGAAGAGGACUUGAAAGAAUUUAUUUAUUUGAAGGAAAAAAUCCCCAGUUCUUGUUUGUUUUGGGAUUUUAAGGAUAUGGGGGGGGUGCUGUUCUGAGCUUUUUGUUCUUCUUGUUUUUGUUGACGAGAUUGUUGAUGUUUUUACUGUCACUACAAAGCAUUCCUACCCGGUGAUAGGUCACACACGAAUACGCUCGACUCAAGCCUCACUGAACGGACAGCGAUUCUGAGACUGUCCCCUCAGCGCUCUCUCUCACAGAUCUGUCCAUUUUCCAAUGAAGGAUGCUUUCGCACAUUUUUUCCAGACUCCGGGAUCUUGUCUUUGUCGUUUCGCUCACAGCAGAACUCCAUGUUAACCCCUUGUUUGGAUCAUUUUGAUUAGUUUAUGUGGAGUUGACCGGAAAAACGCCAACAUCCGCUUUUUUCAGGGAUACACAGCGUGUUCAACCUAACUUCCGUUUCCCCUGAAAACCAGAAGUGGGGAACUUCGCUCGCUACGUCAGCGCCACAAAGAGCCUUUUUGACGUCAGCCGAGGACCGUUGGUUUGGAAGGGACAACAACCGGUCUGUUAGAAAAAGAAACUGUAUGAAUCUAAGAUGGCCGCCAGUGCCUCUUCAGACUUGGUGUUUUGACUUGAUGUUUUGAGGGGGGAGGUGGGGGGAAAGAGCCCGAUCACAAUCCUCUAGGACAGAGUUUACAGCGGUGUGGAGGACGGAGAGUCUCUCUGACUGGUUUAUUUUGGAGGGGCAG